GUAUGCGAAGCAUGCCGACAUCGUCAGAGGUCACAACAAGUGGGAGGGCAAGAUCCUCAAAGCCUUGCGCCAAAAUCUGGAAUCCGAGGAAUGGACGGACAAGCGCAAUGCUCUUCUCCUCCUCAGCAAGUCCUGCGAGACUUAUCCGAUAGUGGA